GCGUCUCGAGUCCGUGUCACCCUCCCUGAGACACAAAUCAUUAUGGCACUACGCGGGCAGCUCGGAGUUUGCGAUAGCUGCGGUUUACUACAUAGUCCCACUUCCACCCCCCACGACGCUUGUUAACAGUGCGCAUCUGAAGAUCGCAACCAUAACUUGUCGACAAUGUGGCCUUUCCCGACGCCGUACCCCACGCUCACACCGCAACAAUUGAGAGCAGAGUAUGACUAUGUCAUCGUAGGAGGCGGAACGGGUGGGUGUGUCUUGGCUCGCCGGCUCGCCGAGGAUAGAAAUGGCACCGUGCUUGUCAUUGAGCGAGGCGACGCACGCGAUAUCUGGCUCGACCGCUUUCCGCUACCGUCGACACACUACUGGUCCGACCGCAAACACAGCAUGGUCCUGGAGGCGGACAUGCUUGGUCAGAAGACGGACAUUAUCUCCGGCAAGGGCCUUGGUGGGACCUCAAGGAUCAAUUCGAUGCAGUACAGUCGCGGCACGUCGGGCGAGUACAACGCUUGGGCGCAGGCGGGGCGCAAGGGAUGGAGCUACUCGGAGCUGCUACCGUACUUCGAGCGCACAGAAUGCCUGUACAAUCCUGCCACGAAUGCACAUUAUGGCACUGAAGGUGCCAUUAUUAGGAGUUCCCAGAAAGCAGGCUUCACCUAUGGAAAGGACGUCAAUGACCCGAAACUGCCGACCUCGGGGUGCUUCCUUACCCACCACACUAUCGACUCGUCGGGCACCCGACACAGCACGUUCCGCGCAUUCCUCCCGAAAGAGUUUGCCCUCGCACAUAGCCGGAAUCUGCACUUGUGCGUGAACACCGUCGCGCGGAAGAUCGAGAUGGAGCCGCUGGCAGACGGGAACCUGAGGGCUACGGGCGUAGUCGUACAAAGUGCGACGCCUGGCGCGGCGAGUGUGUUUGUUAAGGCCCGGAGGGAGGUCAUCCUGUGCUCGGGCGCGUUGCGUACCCCCCAGGUGUUAAUGCUCAGCGGCAUUGGCCCUGAGAAACACUUACGUGACAUUGGGGUUCCAGUUGUGCACAUUCUUGAGGGCGUCGGCUCAAACCUGCAAGACCACUUGGGCCCUCACGUUGACCUACAAUGCCCGCUCGAACAUUCGCUCUAUCUGCUCGUCCGGCGGCCAUGGUACCUCCUUUACCAGCUCCUGCGCUACUUCAUUUUCGGUGACGGCUGGUUCCUCACAUCGCUUGUCGAAGUAUGCAUCCUUACUUGCGCGCGCUGGCUGGACGCGGACUCGGGGCAAAAGCCGCUCACCGAGGAAGACAAAGACCCAUCGAGGCCAGAGAACAUCCCAGAUCUCGAGAUCAUAGCUUGGCAAUCUCCAAAGUACGACCGCAAGCGGGGCGGGUUCUCGAUGGUUGCCGCGCUGCUGCGACCCUUCUCGCGGGGCACCCUCCGCUUGCGCUCCUCGGACCCGCUCGAGCAGCCCAUCGUCAACCUGAACUGCCUCUCCGACACGCGCGAUCGCACGACCAUGCGCACGGGUGUCCGAUUGUGCAUGCGCAUCGUGCGCGAGAUGGAGAAGGACGGAUACCCCGUGGGCUACUUCAAGGCGCCGCAGAGCCUCGAUGACGACGCGCUCGACGCGUUCAUCGCGGGAAACAGCCGGAGCUGCCUGCAUUACAGUAGCACAUGUCGCAUGGCGCCACGCGACGAUCCCGAGCCUGGGGUCGUGGACGACGAACUGCGGGUGCACGGGUUCACGAACUUGAGAAUUGCGGACGCGAGCAUGUUCCCGCAGGUGCCUGCAGCGCACUUGCAAGCGCCGGUUGCUGUUGUGGCAGAGAAGUGUGCGGACAUGAUCAAAGCAACGUGGAGGGCGUAG